AUGUCAUUUGCAUACAAGUUCCAUGUUUCUUUGAGUCACUUAUGGAAAGCACAGGUCAGCGGAAAACCAGACAUGUUUGGUUUGGUCUCAAGUGUUGCAUUUGCUAUAAUGUCCUUGAGUUUGUCAAGGCAAGUUGACUUUGGAUUCGAGGUAGAUCUCUUCAAUUUCUUCCUUGGAUACUUUUUAGUUCAACUCAUGAAAAUUCACAUUGCUCACGUCAUUUUGGGUGCUUCAAUAUGUUAUUUUUUCACGUGUCUUCGCUCUUACUUGGAUAACAAGCAACCACUGAAUGGGAGUAAUGUCGCCCAUUCAGUGGUGCAAAUCGCAUUGGAAAUUGAAGAUGGGAGAAAUACAGUAAAUAAAAAAGAACAUUUAUAUGUGAUUCUUGGAAUAGAGGAGAAAAGAGAAGAAAUGGUGAUUUUUCCCAUUGAUAUGGAAGAAAAGAUUCGGAAGGCGAUUUUCGAAAAAGCAGGGUAUGAUGAAGAAUGCUACAAUGUAUACCUAACUUGGAGGAGACAAAUCCUUGCUGAGAAAAUGAGGAAGAUAGAUAUGCAAAAGCUUCACAUAAAGGAGAUCAAAGGUGUUCCAUUAGAUUACUUGCAGAAAAAGAUUCAACGCUGGAUCAUGUCUUUUGAAUAUUCUAUCAGGAUUCUAUUCUCUGAAGAAAGGAAUCUAAGUAACUCUGUUUUUGUGGAGUGUUCUUCUAAUUCAAACUAUGCUGAUCUCUGUUUUAUGGAGCUAUGCAGGACACCAAUGAUUCUGCUACUAGAUUUCGCUAACGCAGUGGCGCGCAGGCUCGCCAUUGCGAUUGUUUAG